UUUGGAGAAAAUGGCGUCGGGCGUGAAACAGGAGCUUGCCCAGUUGAUGAAUUCAAGCGGUUCCCACAAGGAUCUCGCUGGCAAGUAUCGGCAGAUCCUGGAGAAGGCUAUUCAGUUCACAGAUGCCGAACAGCUAGAAUCUCUCAAGGCCUUCGUGGAGGCUAUGGUGAAUGAGAACGUGAGCCUGGUGAUCUCCAGGCAGCUCCUGAGCGAUUUCUGUGCGCACCUGCCCAGCCUCCCCGACGGCACGGCCAAGUUUGUCUGUCACUUCACACUAGAGAAGAUCCAGCCGAGAGUCAUCUCCUUCGAGGAACAGGUGGCCUCAAUAAGGCAACAUCUGGCCACCAUUUAUGAGAAGGAGGAGGACUGGAGGAACGCGGCGCAGGUGCUGGUGGGCAUUCCUCUGGAGACGGGACAGAAGCAGUAUAAUGUGGACUACAAGCUAGAUACGUAUCUGAAGAUCGCGCGGCUCUACCUGGAGGAUGACGACCCGGUUCAGGCGGAGGCCUACAUCAACCGGGCCUCACUGCUGCAGAACGAGUCCACCAACGAACAGCUGCAGGUCCACUACAAGGUGUGCUACGCCAGAGUCCUGGACUACAGGAGGAAGUUUAUCGAGGCGGCACAGCGCUACAACGAGCUCUCCUACAAAUCCAUCGUCCACGAGAGCGAACGCCUGGAGGCACUAAAGCACGCGCUGCACUGCACCAUCCUGGCAUCCGCAGGUCAGCAGCGUUCGCGCAUGUUGGCGACGCUGUUCAAGGACGAGCGUUGUCAGCAGCUGGCGGCGUACGGCAUCCUGGAGAAGAUGUACCUGGACCGCAUCAUCAGGGGGAACCAGCUGCAGGAGUUUGCAGCUAUGCUCAUGCCUCACCAGAAGGCCACCACUGCAGACGAACCUCCCUAUCAUACCCUAAACCAGUCUGAUGUUCAGUGGCAAACCUCAGGCUCCAGCAUCCUGGACCGAGCGGUGAUCGAGCACAACCUGCUCUCGGCCAGCAAACUCUACAACAACAUCACCUUCGAGGAGCUGGGAGCUCUGCUGGAGAUCCCCCCUGCUAAAGCUGAGAAGAUCGCCUCCCAGAUGAUCACAGAGGGACGCAUGAACGGCUUCAUCGACCAAAUAGACGGAAUCGUCCACUUCGAAACUCGUGAGCCGCUGCCUACGUGGGAUAAGCAGAUCCAGUCUCUCUGCUUCCAGGUCAACAACCUGCUGGAGAAGAUCAGUCAGGUGGCCCCCGAGUGGGCAGCCGGAGCCAUGGAGGCCCAGAUGUCACAAUAAACACGCACACACACACGCACACACACACACACACACACACACACACACACACACACACACACACACACACACACACACACACACACACACACACACACACACACACACACACACACACACACACACGUAUAUGUGUAUAUGCGCGCUCGGAAGGCCCAAUAAGGUGGACUGUUGCAUUUAAAGACAUGAAUACUGGCCCACACACACACACACACACACACACACACACACACACACACACACACACACGGGAUGGAGAACCAAAAGGCAUACGAGCCACAAGAUUAAUUGAAAACCAUUUGGUGUAGAAAGGUUUAAACACCUUGUCUGUGACUCUGGGGAUUAAACACCUUGUCCGUGACUCUGGGGUUUAAACAGCUUGUCCGUGACUCUGGGGAUUAAACACCUUGUGUCCAUGGCUCUGGGGACUUUACUGACCGCACAGAAGCACUGGAACGUUUAUCAAAGGUGCUCGUUUGUCUUUUUUUGUGUUCUGUUUUCUGCAACAAUGCCGUGUGAAGCGUUCCCAAGGUGCCCUGGUCCCUGUGUCCGCAUUGUGGCGCUCAGCUCUUAGUCAUCCGUUCUGGCAGAGGGAAAAAUCGGUAACACUUAACUUGACGCCGGUGUCAUAUGCAUGUCAUUACAUUGUCAUAAUGUUGUCAUGACACAGUCUUAGAUAAGUGAUAAACAUCAUGUCCAUGUCGUAAAUGUUUUAUGACUGUUGGCCUCAAAAGUGACAUUUGGUUAUGGCAAAGACAACUUGCCAUAACCGAAUGUCUCUCAAGGCCAACAGUCAUUAAAAUGUUUGACAUGGACAUAAUGUUUAUGACACGUGCAUAACUGUGCCAUGACACUAUUAUGUAAGGGUUAACGUUCGGCGAGAAGGUCGCUACCGUGGAAUAGCAGCACGACAGAGAGAAUCUUU